AUGAAGUUGUUCCUUUUCUCUCUUCUACCCUCGCUCUUGGCCACAACAGCCCUCUCUUAUCCUGCUCCAAGUAACAGCAGUACCACAUCUCCUAGACUCCCCCUUGAGUUCUAUAAGCGCCAGUGUGACUGCUAUGUUGUGUCCGGAUCGGAAACCGUAUACUUUGAGAACUACGCCUUCUGGGACUUCCGAAAGAUCCCUUUGCCUCGUUACGGUAGCAAUGGCAGCAAAGGCCGCGCCAACAGGAGAAGCUAUAUCCUGUCCAGAGCCGAUAGAACUCACAACGAUGAAGGCGAUAACGAGGAAGAGAACGUCGGCCUUGGAGAAAACGAAGACGAUGAAGAGAGCCGUAAUGAUGAAGAAAACACUGACGAUGAAGAGAACGCUGACGAAGACGAGAACGAUCACGAUGGUAUGAAAGCAGUCGGCGAAGGACUUGACUUGAGUACUCUCGUCUUCUCACAGACUGCGUUCGCAAGGGACUGGAAACCCCAAAAGUGGCACCGAAAAAGCAACAAAUAUGGACCUCUCCCUAUCAUUAACUCACCAGAAAACAUAUUCUUCGCGAGCAACACGCUAUUUACAAAUGAUUCGGAGUCAACUCACCUCGUACUGCGCACGACACGGUUCCCUAACCACACGGCGACAGCCGAACUCGAAUAUCGCCUUCGCAACAUCUUCCACUGCUCCCUACGAGUCCGGAUGCGUGUCAUGACAGUCGGCUCUGUGAACAGAGAGCCAAUGCUGUAUGGCCGCCCAGUGCCUAAAGGAAACCCUACGAAUCAAUCAGUGGUACCCGGAGGUGCAUGUGCGGGUAUCUUCACCUAUCGUUCAUCGACCUGCGAGUCCGACAUCGAGAUCCUGACUUCAGAUCCAGCCAAUAUCGUUCGCUACGCUAAUCAGCCUGACUACGACCCCAUAACGGAUGCCAUGAUUCCGGGGGCGGCCUCAAUCGGUACACUUUCCCAGCCAUGGACGAACCCUACCACGCACCGGGUCGACUGGCUGCACAAUCUCACCAAAUGGUACGCCGACGGCGAGAUCAAAGCCUCCAACUCCUACCAUGUUCCCGAUCAACCGAGCAUGAUGGCAAUCAAUUUGUGGAGUAACGGGGGUGAGUGGACAGGCGAAAUGCCCGUGGGACAAAGCGCGUACAUAGGAAUCGAGUGGAUCGAGGUGGCCUACAACACGUCAACAAAGGUUAACGGCGCACCGAGCGAUACUGUACCCUUUCUGAGCCACAAACAUAGACCUUUUGCGCGAUCCCCAGCCGCAGGACCAGAAUCAGACCAUGAGGGACCGGCAGAGAAAGUUGAGUUCAUCCAAAGGAAGGACGCGGCGAGGCAAUGCUUGAGGCCAUGCUUCUUAGAUGAUGUUCGCGGUCCGUGA